UCGAAAAGAAGAAAGGAGGAGUUGCAUUCAUCUCAUAUCAGCAGCAAAGCAUUCGCAAAUUUCCAGAUAAGUCCGGAGACGUCGCUGGAAGAAAUACCUGACUCCAAUCGCUUUGUGUCGUGCCUCUCAUUGUUGCCACUCACUACCGAACAUCGUCUGUCCAAGAAGAUCCGAGCUGAAAACGAGAACAUGUCCCUGUCCGGUUGGAUCUGCGUGGUCACAGGUGCCUCCAGAGGCAUUGGGAAAGGGAUAGCCCUGCAGCUCUGCGAGGCAGGCGCUACCGUCUACAUCACAGGACGGAAGGAAGCGGUUCUUAAUGAAACGGCAACACAGGUAAACCAGAGGGGUGGAAAGUGCGUGCCGGUCAUCUGCGAUUCAACGAACGAUUCAGACAUUGAGAAACUCUUUGAACGCAUAAAAGUGGAACAAAGUGGCCGACUGGAUCUCCUAGUAAACAAUGCAUACGCUGGAGUACAGACCAUCUUCGACAACCAGGGGAAAAAGUUCUGGGAGACGGAGCCGUCUAUGUGGGAUACCAUAAACAACACGGGCCUAAGAAGCCACUACAUCUGUUCGGUGUAUGCGGCCCGUAUGAUGGUCGCUCAAGGUCAAGGUUUGAUCGUCACCAUUUCAUCCAUGGGAGGAGUGCGAUAUCUCUUCAAUGUUCCGUACGGCGUUGGGAAAGCGGCAUGUGACCGCAUGGCAGCAGAUAUGGCUGUGGAGCUUCGCAAAAGCGGCGUGGCAUCCAUCAGUCUGUGGCCCGGACCAGUGAAGACUGAGCUAGUAGAAGAGAUGGUGCUUUCAGAUGAUUCACAGCAGAAAACUAAGGAUGUGUUUGCCAAUGGAGAAAGCACUGAAUUUAGCGGCCUGUGCAUUGUCAACCUUGCUCAAGAUAAAAACCUGAUGUCGCUGAGUGGGAAAAUUCUCAUGACCUGUGAACUGGCGAGGCGUUACGGGCUCCGAGACUUGACCGGGCGCAGUGUUGAAGACUUCACCUCCGUGAAGUUCCUGCUGACCCAAGUUCCGCGUCUCUCCUGGCUCUCCUAUGUGGUCCCUUCUUUUAUAAGAAUCCCACGCUCUAUGCUUUCCAUGGGUAGCAACAAUGUCUAGCCCACAUGAUGUGGCGUGGAAAACCUCUUUGCGACUACUUUUUAAUGCAACUGCCACAAGUGCCUAUUGAAAUUAAGAAACACAUAAUAAUAAUAAAGAAUCUGAGGAUGGUAAUAUUGUGAGUGAGCUAGAAGACCUUGGAAAAUGUGAGAUGUCCCGUUGAUAAUAUAGGUUCAAUAAUAUGGGCUCUGGGCAGAUAACAUUGACAUUGUAGCACAAAGAGGCUGAAAUCUAAUGUCUACAGACUUACAGGCAAGAGAAAUGCCAUAAAAUAAUGACAAUAAACUGAUGGAAAUUUAAAAAAAAAAAACCCUGAUAGGAAUAAAAAAAAAUACAUGACAUAACCCGUUAAGCUUAUAUGUGAAUACAAUAAAACAUUGCACACAUUUAAUGUCGAAUCGAGCCAUAUCGUAUUGGGGGGGGGGGGGGGAAACCCAUCCACCUCAGAAGAAUGCACAUCAUAUAUUUGUACUCUUUUCUAUUAUUUGUUACCUACCAUGGUAGCAUAACCGAAAAACAAACCACAAAAUUGAGUGCGCUUUGUUAUUGGUUAGUCAUAUACAUAUAGAGAGAUGCUUAUUACCUUUUUUUGUUUAAGAAUGUAAAAUUGUAUUUCUGAUUACUAUGAAGCUGUAAUCAGCCAGAAUGUAUAACAAUAUUUUGGAUCAAAUAUUAAAGCACAUACGUACAUAUGCAUAUUUUUACGAAAAGUGUUACUGCUUUACAGUAUGCUAUUAAUAAAGAUGACAAAAGGAAUCAA